UCUAAAUAAAGUGAGUCUGAUAGCUUCGUAUAAAAUGGGAAUGCAUUGUCGAACGACCACCUGGUACCAGAGUCUACGCAGCCUACAGUCUUACCGAUAACUGUUGGUGACUUCGAAGAAAUCAUAAAUCUUCUUGCACAGUUUUACUGCUAUAAAUCAACAACCACGACUGAUAUUAGUCCUACAUCUCUUGGCACUUUGGACAGUUACUGUAACAAAAUGAAAGACAUUAGCUUCUUAGUUGCCAUCGUCUGCAUUGUUCCAAUACUGGUACUUGUGGCACUUGUUGAAACGAGUUUGCCGUGUCAGCCUAGCCCUAUAGCGUCUUUUGAUCCUGAAGGGGUUGAAGGAACAUGGUAUGGUACCAAUAUUUACUGGCCAAACUUGACUAUGGAGUUUUGGCAGGACUACGCCAACACCUUCACACUGCAUCCUAAUGGAAACAUGACGUGGCAGUUCGAUCUUAGAUGGAGUUUCACUAACGUUUCUGAGUGUACCGGCUGGUCACGUGAGCUAGUGCCUGACCCAAAUUUCAACGGCAAAUACGACUGGUUUCUUAACGGAUCACACUACGACUCCCUGUACUUCGCGUUCACUGACUAUAAUGACCUUACAUUCACUUACCAGAUGGCUCCCGAAUCGGAUUGGGUGCGCAUGCUCACGGUGUUUUCGCGUACACCCUGGAACACAAAGACAAUUCUCACAAAAUAUGUCUUGAUUCGUUAUUUCUGCGUGACUGCGGAGGAUGUCGCCGCGCAUUUGUGGAAUGUUACACAUGAAAACCCUUGCAUAGCAUAAAGGUGCAUGGCAUGAGAUGCAGCAGACAUGAUAUUCAGUGAACCAAUCCGUUGAUCUUUGUUAGUGAAUAGCUUGUGCUUAUAACAGUUCUAGCUCUGAUACUCAUGGUGCUUCCUUAUUUGUGCAAAAAAUUUCCAAAUGAAGUAAUGCAGUCAACCCACCCCUAUGCCACGGUCUCCCAGAGAUGUGAACCAGCGUACGCGUAUUAGGAUGUACUAGUAUAGUUAUCUCAAGAAGACAAACCAGUGCAUAUUCAGAAACCUUGAUUGUUUUGUUUGUUUUAAUUUUUGUCUCCGAAGAAACUUUCCUUGCUUAAAGAAAAAAUCACAAGUGUCUUUUUGUGUUUCUAUUCAACAAGUUUUUAGGAUAAGGUAAGAAACACCUUCAGCACUAUUCAAUUCGUUGAAAAAAAAUACCAAUUUUAUACCUACAUGCCCAUUGUAACCCUGUAACGUUAUACACAAAACAUGUUUUGCCUAGUUUCAAAUCUCUUUUUAUUUUCUCGUGAAUAGUUUAAUCAGCGUGUCUAUUUAUCCACACAGGGUAUGCGUGGAUAAUUCCCCCUGCACUAUAAAUAUUUAUAAAUAAAGGAACAUUAACAAGGUCGUGACGAAACUUUAUAUUCUACCAAACGCCAACUGAGUGAUGACGUCAAUCAUAUGCCUGAAUUCUCGCUGAACAGUACAGACACGGGCAAAUGCUUAGUGAAAAUAAUUGUCUCUGAAUAUCUAGUAAAAAGUCUAUAAGUGGCCCUGGCAGUGUACCACUAUUUUUUAAAUUUUGAAACCGUGAGAAUUUCGUUUUAGAAAAUAAUAACAAUUAUAACCAUAAAACUAAAGUACAUGUAGUUAACUAAUCCUGUCGUGCAAUGGAUUAAACUGGUGAUCGACUAGCCGUGGUUGACUUCUCUAAACUCUCAUUUAAUGCUG